CUCCUUCCCCUCCACACCUUCUAUCAUCCCUCCGUCCGCUCCCUCCACCUUUCCAGCCCUUCUUCUUCGGGCUCUCCCGUUCCACACACGAACGCGAGUUGGAGAGUUGGCUCUCUCGGUGCUUUCUUGAAAUUCGUCUCUCUACCAGCGGUAGCAGCACCAGCAACACCAGCAACACACCGGGUUGUAUACACUUACGACAGAGUACGACAGAGAGACCACCUCCUCCCCCUUCUGCCCUCGUCUCAACACGAAUCCAUAUGUAUGGGGUUGAGGCGCACAGGCGACGCAAAUGUGCUGACUACAUUACGCCGCUAUAUAAGAUAGCCGGCCAACCAUCCUAUCCCCACAGACCGAGUCAGAUCGGCAGACUGUUCACAGACGGACCAACGAACCGAUCUACCGAUACACACUAGACGCGACACAUGACAUUUCGUUCACGGGCACCGCGACCAAACCGAUUUUAGGGUUAUCCCGGUCGAUACCGCGCACGAUACCGUCGUAAUUCCGCACUCGACUUGGACCCAGCCAGGAGAAAGUGACACAUCCGUAUUUUCGGUUUCGUCGAGGAUCGAAGCUUCCUGUCGAAUUCAACGCUUAGCCAUAUUCCCUUGGGCUCCUUUGAUCGCCGUUGAUUUUCGCGAGAAACAGUCGCGUUCGCCAAACGAUCCCGUGUCGACGCUCGCGGUGGCCAUUAGAUUUCCGGCCAUCGACCACCACCGCUCCUCAGCCGACCGAGAUUUCCUCGUGACCCAGGUACCGUAGGUCGGGGUACCCAGCAACUCUAACAACCGCAAAAGGUCCCGCUGCAAGGAACGUUGUGAGUACACCGAGGAAAAACGGCCACCGAGAUGAUCCCUUUGACAGCCACCACGUGUUUUCUCGUCGUUGUCACCUUGUUGGCCCUCGCGCUCAUCCUGCUGGAUCACCUGACAUCCAAGAAAUCCUCGAAAGAGGUCAUCCUGGACGUUGGAAACGACGCCCUACCGGAACCACCUGGACCGAAACCCUGGCCGAUUCUUGGCUCCCUGCACCUACUGGGACGCUACGACGUGCCGUACAAAGCCUUCGCCGACCUCGUCAAAGACUACGACUGCCAGGUGAUCAAACUUCGAAUGGGAUCUAUGCCCUGCGUGGUCGUGAGCGGUCUGGAGAACAUCAGAGAAGUGCUGACCACCAAAGGACACCACUUCGAUUCGCGGCCAAACUUUGCCAGAUACCAUCAGCUCUUCGGCGGGAACAAGGAGAACUCUCUGGCGUUCUGCAACUGGUCCGAGGUCCAGAAGAAUCGCAGAGAGAUGCUGCGAGCGUACACGUUCCCUCGCGCGUUCACCACUCGCUACAAGGAGCUGAACAACAUUAUCGGUAGCCAGAUGGACGCCCUCCUGGACCAUCUGGAUUCUCUGGCGAACACGAACGUACACACGAAACCGUUGAUCCUCCACAGCUGCGCCAACAUCUUCAUCACCUAUCUCUGCUCGAAAAGCUUCCAUCUGCAGCACGCUGGAUUUCGUAACAUGGUCAAUAACUUCGACAAAGUGUUCUACGAGGUGAACCAAGGCUACGCAGCCGAUUUCAUGCCGUUCCUGAUGCCCCUCCACCACAGAAACAUGGCGAGAAUGAACCACUGGGGCCACGAGAUCCGCAAGUUCAUUGUAGCCAACAUCAUCUCCGAGAGGGUUAACAAGUGGAACGGUGUGGUACCUGAGAAGGACUAUCUAGACUGUCUGGUAAAUCACGUCAAGUCCGAUGCUGAACCGCAGAUGUCCUGGAACACCGCGUUCUUCGUCAUCGAGGACAUCAUCGGAGGACAUUCAGCCAUUGGGAAUCUCUUGGUGAAGGUUCUUGGAUUCCUCGCGACACGACCUCACAUUCAGAAAGCCGCUCAACAGGAGCUCGACGCUGCAGACAUCGCUGGCAACUAUGUUGGCUUGGAGAACAGAGGGUCCCUGCCAUACGUCGAGGCCAUCAUCCUCGAGACCAUCAGGAUAAUUGCCAGCCCCAUCGUUCCCCACGUGGCUAAUCAGGAUAGCUCCAUUGCUGGUUACAGAAUCAAGAAGGACACGUUCAUCUUCCUGGACAACUACGACCUGAGCAUGUCCACGGAGCUGUGGACGUCGCCUAAGGAAUUCAUGCCAGAAAGGUUCAUCCAGAAUGGAAGGCUCCUGAAGCCCGAGCAUUUCCUGCCGUUCGGUGGGGGACGGAGGUCCUGCAUGGGUUACAAGCUGGUCCAAUAUUUGACCUUCUCGAUCCUGGCCACGUUGCUGAAGAAUUACGCGAUAGUGCCCCUGGAGAAGGAGGAUUAUAAGAUCCCCAUAGGGAAUCUGGCGCUGCCCGAGAACACCUUCAAGGUGCAGUUCAAGAGACGGUAGGAUCGAGACGUAAACGUUGGCCACGAAGAAAGAGUCGAACCGUCGGCUCCUGUUGAUUUAUCGAAGCUUCGAAUGGCGAACGAAACUUGGCCGAGUCGAGACGUGGUGGUUCUCAUGAAUGAAUCGUUUCGGACAUCUUCGUCGAGGGUGCUUGGCGGGGAUUUGGGACGACGAAGGAUCAGACGAAGAUAGUUUCGUCGCGUUCUAGAUGAAGCUUUAGGAGAAGGUCGAUCGGACCUUCGUCGGCAACGAAGAGCUUUACUGACAUUACUAGGUGUUUAAGCUAGGAAAUUGUUGAUCGUCCCUCGACGCGUGAACUUGACUCCGAACGAAUCGAAGACGAUCAGCCGCGAUUACAGGAGAGAAGACUUGGACUGAACAGAUGACGACUGACUACGCGAGACGCUGCGACAGAAUGCCGUCAUCUUAGCGACCGCUUUAGGUAAACCGGGAUUUGACGAUCGUCUCUUCCGUCUCGUCGAGAGGUAGAUCGAUAGUUGGUAUCAGGCUGGACCUUCGAUUUAACGUUUUCAAGGGAACAUUGGUAGAACGUCUGUCGAGGAAUAAAAAUAGAAUUAAAGUAUUAAGUUGCUAUAAAAUUGAUAAUAAUAGACAUUAAACGUGCGUAGCAGUAGUAUACGAUAUAUCCAGUGGAUAUCCAUUAUAAAUCAAGAGUCGUUAUCUCGAAGGAAAACGAUGAAUCGACCGGUUGAUUCACGACGGCUAUCGAGAUCCACGGAUCAAAAAUCGUCGAGACGUGCCGCUGCAAAAAUCCUCUGUUGAUCCCAGCGAUCACGUACCUACUAUCGUCCGAUAGCACCUACUCGGAAAGACGAGACGCGAGAACGUGAGCGGCAAACUCGGACAAACCCGCGACGAUUUUGCUCGCGUUGAUCGUUCAAUCGCGAGAAAUUAGGGAAAAUGGAUGCCUCGCGCCUCUUACGGGGCGAGUAAGCGUGUUUCCGACGUCCGUAAUUUUCAGGAACGUUGACGAUGUUCCGAUUAUUCGACCAGCAUCGGUGUUGGUGUUGAUCCAACACUCUCCUUGCAAAAAUGGGCAAAAUUUGAUCUAAAUCACAGGUAUUCGGUAGUAUCGAC